UUACAAAAUAAAAAAACAAAAAUGAAUGAAGUUAAAUAUGGCAUCUUACAUUUCCUAUUACAGACUUACGUGAUUUUCGGCCGGUUAACCGGUGGCGUCACGUCGGCGCCGGCGCCGGUGGAGAUAGCCAAGGGAAAUGACGGUCUGGAGAAAGUCAUCCUUCGUCAUGUCCGCGGCAGCUCAGCGGAGAUAUACCUUUAUGGCGGGCAAGUAACAUCAUGGAAGAAUAAGCAUGGGGAAGAGCUGCUUUUCCUCAGUAGUAAGGCUUUAUUUACACCACCAAAGCCAAUUCGUGGGGGCAUCCCUCUUUGCUUCCCACAGUUUUCAAACCUCGGCCCUCUGGCCUCCCAUGGAUUUGCAAGAAAUCGGCUCUGGAUGAUCGACCCUUCCCCACCUCCACUCUCGACUAAUUCUCCCAAAGAGACAUCUGUGAACUUGAUUCUGAAGCCUACCGAAGAAGACUUGAAAAUUUGGCCUCAUAGAUUUGAGUACAGACUACGCGUAACUUUGGGACCUUCCGGAAAUCUGAUGCUGACUUCUCGCGUUAGGAACACUGAUGCAAAGCCUUUCACAUUCACAUUCGCCUAUCACGCCUACUUCUCUGUUUCUGAUAUCCGUGAAGUUCGUGUCGAAGGAUUGGAAAAGCUCGACUACCUUGACAACCUGAAGAACAGAACACGAUUCACUGAACAAGGCGAUGCUGUUGCAUUCGAAUCUGAAGUGGAUAGAAUAUAUCUAACUACGCCUCCAAAAGUUGCGAUUUUGGACAACGGAAGGAGUCGAACAUUCACCGUCCGUAAAGAUGGCCUUCCUGACGCCGUUGUUUGGAAUCCUUGGGAGGAGAAGGCGAAGACGAUAUCUGAUUUAGGAGAUGGCGAGUAUAAGAUCAUGGUGUGCGUCGAAGCAUCCGCUAUUGAAAAACCGAUCGCUUUGAACCCCGGCCAAGAGUGGACGGGAAAGCUCGACCUUUCUUCCUCGCAUCCCCGCGAUCCUCGGGUUGUUCUUCGAGGAGAUUGAAGCUUCUUAUGGGUGGUUAUGUGAUCAUCGUUUCAAGUCAUCUUCCUCGUAAGGAAUUAUCACUGCUACCCGAAUGUUCGAGGGCAGGUACGUAUAGAUACAUACAUACGUGUGUGUGUGUAUAUAUAUAUAUAUAUUUAUAUAUGAGUUUGAUUGAUAUAAUUAAUGUUGGGUGGUGUUAAUAAAUUGAUGGAAUUGGUAUAAAAGUUUUCGAUAAAUAUGCAACGUGAGGGGCGCAUGUGCAUGUGCAUGUGCAUGUUUCGUUUUGGUACACUGUAUUGUCAUUGUUUCUAUUUUGUAAUUUUAUAAAUAA